AUGGAAUAUAUUAUAAAAAAUGAAAAAGAACAUAGUAUUGUGAAAAAUGCAGAAGUAAAUGUAUUCAAUAUAGAUAAUAAUAAAAUAAAUAAUAUUUAUAAUAAUGUUACUUCUGAGUUAUCCACUAAUAAUUUUCAUGUAUUAUAUCAUAAUGAUACAAUAAAGAAAAAAGAAGAAGGAAAAGGAAAAGAGGAAGAGGAAAAAAAAAAAAAAAAUGGGGAUAUGAUAGAUCAAGAAGAUAAUUAUGAAAUUAAGUUGAAUAUAAUAAAUGAUGAUAAUGAGCAUAAUGAAGAGACGAUUAUAAAAAAUGAUAUAACAUAUAAUAAUAGUAAUAAUAAUAAUAAUAAUAAUAAUAAUAAUAAUAAUGGUAAUAAUAACAAUAAUAAUGGUAAUAAUAACAAUAAUAAUGGUAAUAAUAACAAUAAUAAUGGUAAUAAUAACAAUAAUAAUGGUAAUAAUAACAAUAAUAAUGGUAAUAAUAAUGUUUGUAAUAAUAGUGUUUGUAAUAAUAGUGUUUGUAAUAACUCUUCUCAAAAGGACAUGUCAAUGAAUAUAUCAAAAAAUAAACAUAAAUUAACAAGAAAUGAAGAAGACAACGUAUUGAAAAAAAGAAAGAAAAAAACAAAAAAAAAAAAUAUAUAUAUGAACUUUCAACGUGAAGAAACUAAUAAUUUAAACCAUGUUAAUAUACAAAUGAAAAAUGAAAUAAAAAAAAACAUCCAGAAAAAAAUGAAUCAGAAUGAUUAUUUAUUAUGUACAAUAAAUGAAUUCCUAAAACAAGGUCUGAAAAAUGAGUGUAUCCCAUUAUUUCAAAGAUUACAACAAAAUUUAUUUUUUUUAGUUAUGUUAGCUAAUCAACCCGAGGACAACCUAGAUGAUGCACAUAGUAAUUAUUCUUCAGAAUAA